AUGAAUGCUACGCAGCUUGCCGUUGAGGGAGAGACAGACGCGGAGAAAGCAUUCUUCGUCGCUGAUCUGAGCUACGUGCUCAAGCAGCACCAGCGGUGGAAGGCGAACCUCCCGGAGAUUCAGCCGUUCUACGCUAUCAAAUGCAACCCCGACCCCUACGUCCUCCGUCUUCUCGCGGCGCUCGGGACCGGGUUCGACUGUGCGUCCAUGGGAGAGAUCUCCCAUGUGACCGGCCUCGGGGUGGAUCCGUCCCGCAUCAUUUUUGCAAACCCGUGCAAAGCAGUUUCAUUCGUCCGGAACUCGGCCAAAGCUGGCGUCGAGAUGAUGACAUUCGACAACACGGACGAGCUGUACAAGGUCGCGCGCGCUCAUCCCAGUGCCAAGCUCGUCGUGCGAAUCCUCACGGACGACUCGAAGAGCCUGUGCAAGCUCGGACUCAAGUUCGGCGCGCCGCUGGUGACCGUACCAGCGCUGCUGGCAAAGGCGAAGGAGCUAAACCUGGACGUCAUCGGCGUAAGCUUCCAUGUGGGAAGUGGGUCCUACGAUUCCUACGCUUUCGCAGACGCCGUGCAGCGCGCUCGCGCCGCCUUUGACAUGGGUAAGGAAGCCGGGUAUGAUUUUACCCUCCUCGAUGUCGGGGGCGGUUUCGAGGAUAGCACCUUCGAGACUACGGCUUCCAUUCUCAAAGAUGCAAUCAGCCAACACUUCCCGGACAGGGAGAAAAUCAAAAUUAUUGCCGAGCCUGGGAGAUACUACGUUUCGAGGGCAUUCAGCCUGGCGGUGAACGUGAUCGCCCGGCGCGCACCUCCCGCGGUGGAAGACGGAUCGCAAGAUAUGGAGGUGGACCCUGAGCAGCCCUCCGCGAUGUACUAUAUCAACGAUGGCGUCUACGGUUCAUUCAAUUGCGUUCUCUUCGACCACCAAGCUCCGCAACCAUACGUGCUGUCACUGAAUGGCUCCUUCCAUGUCCCUUCCUCGGAGCCCCUGCAGCCCAGCAGUGUGUGGGGCCCGACCUGCGACUCCAUUGACUGCGUCUGUCCAAUGACGCGUCUGCCGGGCUCGCUUCGCAUCGGGGACUGGCUGGGCUUCGAGAACAUGGGCGCGUACACCAUCUGCGCUGCGAGCCAGUUCAACGGGUUCCAGGUCAGCAAGGUGGUAUACACGGCCGGGGGAGGCCCGGACGCGGUGGCGGUCCGAAACGCGCUGAGGGAGCAUGAAGGCGGUGGUGCUGGUUCUCAUGCAUGA